AAAAAAAGAAAGAAAGAUAUUGUACGCCAACUUCGAUAGAUUUUUCACAGCUCUUCCAUACCCUAAACCUUAUCAAGUAAUCAUAGUUCCUUUUCGAAUUCCUUGCCACCCUCGCAUUUAUAUUCUCCGUCCAUUCGUCCCUCCUCUUCACUCCCUUGGCUAGUUACUAAUCUCUUUCUAUCUUCUUCUCUGUCUCUGGUUCUCUUAUCUUUCUUGGUUUCCAGUGUGUAUCGGAGGUGAUCCUUUGAGAGCUAGUUGUUAAGGAAAAGAAUGGGUGAAAUUUCUUGCUCUAAUGGGAUUAACAAUGGGAAUGGAGUUAAUGGGAAAAUUCAUCCAUUAACAGGUUAUAGAAAGAGCUGCUGGUACGAAGAAGAGAUUGAAGAGAACUUGAGAUGGUCUUUUGCUCUUAAUAGUAUAUUGCAUACAGCGGCAACACAGUACCAGGACAUUGCCCUGUUGGACACAAAGCCCUUUGGAAAGGCGUUAGUGAUUGAUGGAAAGCUUCAGAGUGCAGAGGUGGAUGAAUUUAUCUACCAUGAAUGUCUUGUUCAUCCAGCACUUCUUCAUCAUUCAUAUGCAAAGUCCAUCUUCAUUAUGGGUGGAGGUGAAGGCUCCACCGCUAGAGAAAUACUUAGACACAAGACUAUUGAAAAGCUUGUCAUGUGCGACAUUGACGAGGAGGUGGUUGAAUUCUGCAAGUCAUACCUAGUAGUUAACAGGGAAGCCUUUUGCGAUUCAAGAAUGGAGCUCAUAAUCAAUGAUGCCAGGGCCGAGCUAGAAAACAGAAAAGAACGCUACGAUGUGAUCAUUGGCGACCUGGCAGACCCAAUAGAAGGAGGCCCUUGCUAUAAGCUUUACACGAAAUCGUUUUAUGAGCUCACUGUCAAGCCUAGACUCAACCAUGGCGGCAUAUUUGUCACACAGGCUGGGCCAGCUGGAAUUUUCAGCCACACAGAAGUAUUCUCUUGCAUCUAUAACACUUUACGGCAGGUUUUCAAAUAUGUUGUACCGUAUUCUGCUCAUAUUCCUUCCUUCGCUGAUACUUGGGGAUGGGUUAUGGCUUCAGAUUCCCCGUUAGGGCUGAGUCCUGAAGAGCUAGACCUGAGAAUGAAACAUAGGAUAAAAGGAGAAAACAGAUACCUGGAUGGGAAAACAUUUUCAUCAGCCUCUACCUUAAGCAAAGCCGUUCGAAAUUCACUGGACAAUGAGACUGAAGUAUACACAGAAGGAACAGCAAGGUUCAUAUAUGGGCAUGGCAAACACUGCCAAGAAUGAGAAAUCGGAUAAAAAGGAAGCCGCUAUCAGCAAAGCGACACACAACACUGCAAGACACAAUCUUCUGCUUCCCCUUUUUUUUUUUUCUUGUUUGUUUGUCUCCUGCUGUUCUUUGUCUUGUAAUUUAUAAAUUUUUCUUUCUGCUUGCUUAUGUGGUUAACUCUAAGGAACAGUAUUAUUGUAAUGUAUGGGCCUUUUUUUCGAAGUGUGAACGACCACCUCACUCCCUGUUUGUCGUCGAUCCA